GGGCAGAUUUAGUGUCCUGCUGAGUUAGACAAGGGAGAUACUGGACUUCCCUUUGCUUUGGAGAUUCAAACAAAUGGCAGUUGAUUUUAGCCAAACUUUGAGGCGUGGAAGAUGACAAACUGCUCCAGAGCUCAUAAAUCCGGGUGAGCAGGGAGAAGAGAGAGCUCCUGUCACUGCCCCACCAGUGCAGAGCCUGCUCAGACACCACAGCCCCGCUGGAGCCCCCGAGACGUGAGUCAGUGGAAGCCCAGGCUUGGUCACUUGUGUGCUGCAGAGUGGGGCCUCCCUGGAGCCUGCAGGCUGGAGCAGACCCUGGCAGGUGUUGGUGUGUGGCUCCUGUCCCCGUGCAGAGGCUGCUGCUCCCUGGCUGUUGGGUGUUCCUGGCUCUUGGGAGGUGCUUUAAAUCUGACUGCCAGAGCCGUGGGCUGCUGAGAGCAGAAGCUGCCUGCACGAUGCUGAGCUCAGGUCUUCCUCCCCUGCUCCUGGUGCUCUCCAUGCUGGAGCUGAGCUGGUCCCUGAGUGAUGAAGAAAAGAAGAUCAUUGUGGAUGAGCAUAAUAAAUAUCGCUCCCAGGUCUCUCCUCCUGCCAGGGUUAUGAAGAAGAUGACCUGGGACACAGACCUGGAGAUUACUGCUCAAAACCAUGCAAGGGAUUGCAACUGGAUCCGGAACGGGGGCGGGAAGAACCUCUUUGCUACCACUUCAACCCUGGAUGUAAAACUGGCCAUUGAAGCAUGGAACAGGGAGAGGGAAUUCUACAACUUCAGCACAUCUGAGUGUGACCCUGGGAGGACAUGUGAUGACUACAUCCAGGUGAUCUGGGCAGAAACAACUCACAUUGGCUGUGAGAGCAGUCCUUGUAAGAAGGUGGAGGGAGACAAAACAGAGAAUGUACAGCUGCUUGUUUGCAUCUAUUUUCCCAGGAGUAAUAUAAAGGACAAAAUGCCCUACUGGGAAGGACCCCCCUGUACAAAAUGUCCCCCGGGCACAGUCUGUGUGAACAACCUGUGUGAAAAACUGGACCAGAUAAGUGCUGCUCCACCCAAAGGUACCUGCUUGGGGCUUUCACUCUUCCUCCUGCCCAGUGCCAUCCUGCUGGACCUUCUGCUCUGAAGGCUCUUCCUCAGCUGUCCCUGCACCCCUCAGCAAGGCUUUUGUCAGCACUGGUUGUUCCACAGCCCUGGUAGGCUCAGGAGACUCCUUGGACAAUUCCCACUCUCCCUCCUUGCGCUGCCUUCUCUGCUGCAGCCCCGGCGAGACAAGGGCAGUCCUGGGGGAGCUUUGUCCCCUUCCUGAGGAGGCCUGAGGGCAGGAGGGUAUUUGCCAUCAUGCUGGUGACCUUGGAUGCUUCUCCUUUUCCCUGGCUUCUGUUCCAUUUCCAGGCUGGAAGUGUUGAGCUCUCCCCACCCACAUUCCCAUGUGGCCGCAGGCCCCAGCACAGCGUGACCUGGGGACAGCAGGGUGACCUGGGGACAAUGACACAUGGGGGUUGAUUUGGUGUUUGUAGAUGAGGCAUGGUGGUUGGCCUUGGUGUUUGUCAGGAUGAGUUUCCAGCAGAAAUGCCCUUUUCCCUCCCCAUGUGCUUCUUUCAGUUCUGGACAAGUUUUACCUCUUUCCCUUCUUGUCCAAACAGAGUGGCUGUUUUGAGGAUUUCUGUUUCCUCCUGGUUCUGGUGUAGCUCUGGCCAGUGCUACCCAGCUGUUCCCCCCUCUCCUCCUCACACUGCAGCAAUUGCCUCCUCCCUCUCUCCUCCUCCCUCUCUCUUGCUCUCUGGCACAUGUCCCAUUCCUCAGUUACUCCAAUGCCACAGAUUUAUUUUACGCCUGUGCCUGCACCUGUGUGCACGCACACAAGAGAAACCUUCAGAGCUGAGAGAGGCCAUCAGCUCCUUCAUGUAGCUUUUCCCUGCAUGGCUCCAUUUGUUGCAUAAUUUCAGUGUAUUUAAAUUUAAAUACAGAUCCUGCUUUAUGUGUAACUUGUGUUUGUGUGGUGAAGGAGAACACAGGAGUCCCCAGGUGUGUUGGUACAAUCUGAGCUCCAGAGAUACAAGGGAUGCUGUUACAGGUCACUGUUUGCUCUGCUGCCGGCAGCACCAGCUGUCCUGCAGGAACCCAGCUGGCCUGGGGUGCUCUGAGGUCACUGGCCAGUCCAGCCCAGCCAGGCAGUGACCAGCAGAUGGCACUGGGAGAGGCACCGCUGAGAACUGGGCAGCUCAGCUCGCCCUGCACUCCCUGCCCGCAGUUCG